CAGAUUCAAAACACAUACACACUCUGCGUUGAUAACCUCAGUGUAUUUUGUUCUUAACAUUUGAAUUUCAAUUUCAUUAGAAAAAACAAUGACCAAUCGUAUUACGUUUGCACUAUCGAGGAAAAUUCCGACCUUGUUGAACGGACACCGAUAUUUCCAAACAAAUCGCUUUGUUUCAAUAUUUGCAUGCAAUACGCAAACCGGCAUAUUUGGUCAAAAUUAUAUAAUAAACAACGAAAAUUACAGCGUUGUAUUCAAAAAUAUGGGCCAGCGAUAUUCCACAGAUAACGCACAAAUAGUUAUACCGAUUGUCACGUAUGAAGAUGUUAAAGAUCUUACCAAUCAUCCAGAAAAAACAUUAAUCGAUGUUAGAGAACCGAACGAACUACAAGAAACUGGCACGAUUCCAACAUCCAUUAACAUACCUUUGGGUGAGGUGAAUACAGCAUUGAAUUUAAGUGAUUCACAAUUCAAAAAGAAAUACAGUCGAAACAAACCUGGCCCUACCGAUGAAAUUAUCUUUCACUGUAAAAUCGGUAUGCGAUCGGAAAAUGCGGCUAUAGCAGCUACAAAAUUGGGCUACACAAACGCCAAAAACUUCAAAGGAUCUUGGUUGGAAUGGGCAGAACGAGAAGGACUACCAAAGUGAAAUAGAAUUGGCUUUUACAUAGAUAACAACAGCAAGAUCAAUUUUGUCAGCAAAUAUUUAUAAUGUUUCAUUUAUUCCACACAUUAAACAUCACAUUUGGAUUACAAUUUA